AUGCAUAGAAGCGAGUAUAAUGCCACCAUUGAAGUUCCGGUGUCAAUACGGCGUUGGACUCCUGAUGAAAUCCUAAUAUUGGCUGAACUUGUAGCUGGCAUUCCAUCCUCGAAUGGUACGUUUAUUAAUCAAGUCCUUGCUAAACAUUUUCCAUCUCGAACACUUGAGUCCAUUAAAUCACGUCGUAAAAAUAGUGAGUAA